CAUUUCGAAACUCGCCCCGACUGUGGCACACGACGAUGGAGCAUGGCGCGUUCAACUCGACGACCACGGCGGCAGUGAUGCUGCCGCUGACGCCACCAUUGUCAGGAGCAACCGUGGGCAAAGACGCGUCUGUCGCGUCUACAGGGGCUUCGGCUGUGUGGGGUGCCGUAGCCGCGACUGCAUCCGAUCGGUACACGGUUGACCUUGUGCAGUGGCAGUCCCCAAACGACCUCCCCGAGCGACGGCUCAUGGUGCAACGAAUCAUUGCCAUGACGAGGCGCCACAAACGCCGUGUCAUGCUCGGCAUCGACGACACGUGGGACGAAAAAACCCCUUCGCUUGCCAAACGGAUCGAACUGAAUUUGUACAGCCGCGCCGCCAGCUUCGAAGAGUACAAGGACCUCAACACAUUGCGCCGACGGUUGCAAAGUCUCGUUUCGUUGAGCUAUCACGAAGCAGCAAGUCUGCGGGUGGAUGAACUUGACGCAAGCGCCGCCCGCAACGUCAGGCGCAAGUAUGACAAUGAGCGAGCGGCGUCGUCGUCGGUGUUUCUAUUGCACAACGAAGACCUUGUGCGACAUAUUUACGGGUUUCUCGAUGGAAAGGAUGUCAUGCGGCACACGGCCGUGUCAAAGAAGGCCCAUGCACUGCUGCCGUCGUGCGUACUCGCCCUUAGCUUGAGCGUGAACACCCUUGCACUCGCAUUUAAGUUGCAGUCGACUCAGUUUCUGACACAGUUGGUAAACUUGGAAGCGCUCGACGUGUACAACGAUGCCAAGAAGCACGCGACCACCGACAACGCACGUGACAUGGAGAGCCAGGUGGCAUUGCACGCGUGGGGGUGCAGUGAGCUCGACAUUUCCCACCCGAACGACGGUGAAUGUGUCAUGCUUCAGGUCGCCGAGGCCAUUUCCCACGGCGCUGGUGCGAAACUGCGGCGCUUGUGUUUGGUGUCUGCGUUUACGAACACAUGCCGUCGCAAUGCAAUCCAUGCGCUGUGUGCCGCGCUGCAACGAGGCGGUUGCGCCGGUUUGGAGGACUUGCUCCUUGGUGGCAACAGCUUUUCGGAUAGCGGAACCAUCGACGUGGCUGCGCUAUUGCGCCAAGCAGGAGCGCUGCCCAACCUGGCCCGGCUGGAUCUGCGCCGCAACUUCAUUGGCGAGGCGGGGCUGAAGCGCAUCAUGCAAGCGCUGCGGGCCGGCGCAUGUACCAAGCUCAAGUACUUGUGUAUGGGAGGCAACAUCAUCACUGACAACAGCGUCGCGCCCGUUGUCGCGUUACUGUCGAGCUCGCUGUGCCCCCAGCUCCGAUUCCUCGGCCUCGAAGACAACUUUAUCAGUGCCCGUGGUGUACAGAGCAUCAUCGAUGCGGCCGUGUGCGGGGGCAUGAUGCCGAAGCUGCACAAGACAACGUCCGACGAUGGACCGCGCGUGUAGGACUUAAUAAUAUUGUAUCGUAUUUAUUUGAAGCUGGGGUUUUUGUAUGGGGGUUUGUAUGUUGGCAAAUGUCCUCCGUGGUUGCAUACUGGCGAGGGGCGACUCACGAGGGUGCUUGCCAGCGCAGGGCGAACGGGGCACGAUAAAAGUGACGGCGCUGGGCAGUGAUCUGGGCAGG